UUUUUCAAAACUACUCGUUGAUAAACAAUGUUUCCAUGUGUUCGCACUUUAGUCACGUUUUAUAAUUUUCGACGACAGGUUUUGACGAUUCAAACAAGUAAUAAUAACGUCAAAGUAAAAAAAAACCUAAUUUACAUUAUUUGUUAAAUGUUGAAGUGAUUUUUCAAUAACCGAAAAUGCCUCCGACGUGUUCAACCAAUUGUGGCAAGAGCGCAAUACUCAAACGUCCAAAAACCGGAGAUGCUCUAUGCAAAGAAUGUUUUUUUUGGGCCUUCGAGACAGAGAUUCACAAUACAAUCGUAAAUGGCAAAUUAUUUACACGUGGUAAUAAAGUUGCGAUCGGUGCAUCAGGCGGAAAAGACUCGACUGUUCUGGCUUACGUGUUAAAACUAUUGAACGAAAGAUACGACUACGGAUUGAGCCUUUUCCUUCUUUCGAUAGACGAAGGAAUCACAGGCUACAGAGACGACAGUUUGGACACAGUCAAGCGAAACAGAGACGACUAUCAAAUGCCCCUUAAAAUUUUGUCUUACAAAGAUCUUUACGGUUGGACGAUGGACGCUAUCGUUGAUCAGAUAGGGCGCAAAAACAAUUGCACUUUUUGUGGUGUAUUUCGUCGACAAGCUCUUGACCGAGGUGCGGCUCUGUUGGGGGUUGAUUGUAUAGCAACUGGACACAAUGCAGAUGACAUAGCUGAAACUGUUUUAAUGAAUAUUUUGAGAGGAGACAUUGCUAGGCUGCAGCGAUGCACCUCGAUAAUAACGUCUGGCCAGGACACAAUAAUGCGAUGCAAACCAUUGAAAUACACGUACGAAAAGGAGAUUGUCAUGUACGCGUAUUUCAAAAAACUUGUUUAUUUCUCGACCGAGUGCGUUUUUGCGCCAAACGCUUAUAGAGGGCACGCAAGAACGUUUUUGAAGGAUCUUGAAAAAGUUCAACCCUCCUCGAUCAUCGACAUCAUUCAUUCAGGUGAACGACUAGAGAUAAAAGAAAGUGUGAAAAUGCCGGAACGAAGGAAUUGCAAAAGGUGUGGUUUUGUAUCGAGUCAAGAAAUUUGCAAAGCUUGCAUCUUGCUAGAAGGCUUAAAUCGUGGUAUGCCGAAACUUGGUAUUGGCAAAUCUGGGAAAGCAUUGCAAAUCGUGAAUGCGAAUAAUCGUGUAGGCAAAUUAUCGAGGGAUAAAAAUAUUUUGGAUAUAGCACUUUGAUUGUAAAUAUAGAUCUAAUAAUGUAAUUACAAAUUGAUCGAUUUACUGUUAUGUACAGUACUGAAAGAAAAAUUUACAAUGUGAACAGCAUCUCGAGAUAAUAAACUUUAUAUUUGUAACAGCA